CGCUCAAGAUGACGAGUUACAAGGCGUUCCAUGCUCAGUUGACGUCCAUCAUGGAGGCACUGGCCAAAGCGGCCGUGGCGGAGAUCUGCGAGCUGGUGGAUGAGAGCUACGCCGUGUUGCAGCUGGAGAUCAACCGGAGCCACAAGGAGAACGAGGCGCUGAGGAGGAAGCUGGAGAUGAUCGAGACCAUCAUCGCCCGGGGACACCGGGGCAGCAUCGCGAUGCUGGAUUACGGCGAGCCGGUGGUAGAGGCCGGCGGGGGGCUGAUGGAUUUCACUGUCGAAUGUGCCUUACCAACUGCAGGGGCUGUCAAACAGCCGAAAGCCUCGAGUCUCAAAAGGCGUGGACGGGUUCCCGCUUUAGAGGCGGCGACAGACGUGAAACCUGUGACUAAAGAGGACACUGUGACAGCUGCCCAGGAGGCAAAUGAUCAGGAUGUAGUUCUGAUAAAGGAUGAAAUGGCAAAAGAGGAGGUGAAUGACAAUGACGCCACAGACGAGCUGCUUCUCAAUGAGGACGGGACAGAAGUGCAAUCGUCAGAGGAGGGGCCCUCUGGGAUCAUGAUCUCCCCCUCAGCGGCUGACAUGAGGCUGUGGGAUCAGAGCAGCGACGGACUGUCGGAGCGAGUCGAGCAUCAAGACUCCCACAGUGCACCGGGGUCCCCGGGUCAUGUGGGGACCGCUGAGAGCAACUCGUCAGAUGUCAUGUUUGAUUUGGCCUCAGAGUCGGACUGUGAAGCUCCGUCCUCAGCCCUCAUGAGAAAGCAGUUCCUCCUGGGGUCUGGGGGAAGUCCGACCUCCCUGCCGGGGACCUCUGAGCUGAAGCGGGGCGUGUCUCUGAUCAGCUCCCUCCCCUACGACACAGAUCUGGAUCUCUGUUCCUCAUGGACCACUCAGGGUCUGCCCAGCAUGAUGCCCGUGCCUCAACGGCCGUAUCUCAAACCGGACCACCGGCCGUCGCUCCUGGACAAGGUCUCCGACUUGAACGCUGCAGGUUUCCCCUUGGCGCUGGGCCUCGGCGGCUCCAGACUAGACCCUCAUGAACUGAACAGAUACUGCAGGGACAGGCGCUUCGUCUGCAGCUACUGCGGGAAAUGUUUCACGUCGUCUCGGAGCCUGGAGACACACGUGCGCGUGCACACGGGCGAGCGGCCGUACAGCUGCGCCCAGUGCGGGAAGCGCUUCACGCAGUCGGGUCACCUGAAGACGCACCAGAGCGUCCACACCGGGGAGCGGCCGUUCGCCUGCGAGCACUGUGGGAAGAGAUUCGCCGGGAAGCAGAACCUGAGGAUCCAUCAGCAGAAACACCACUCGGCCGAGCAGGGAGCAGGAAGCUCCACACACGAACACUGACUGGAAACAUCAUGGUACUGUGAGGUACCAAGGACACUUGAUCUCUAAACUGUGACGUCCUGCUGUUACUGUUACUUGACUGCUCAUUUAAACCGAUAGGUUUAGGGUAAAGGUAUUUUAACGAGGUUUUAGAGGAACUUGUACUUUUACAUAGAAAAAGUGAUCAGUAGCUCUUACUGUUUCAAUUUCAGGCCUUACUUAUUUUGAACUGUGAACUGCCUCUGCACAGAAGCAAAGUGGGACUACAACCUCAUCCAGAUCCAUUCUUACCUCAAAAACAAGGUGGCCCUUUUGGAGUCCACAUCAGUACUUUACAGGAAUCGAGCAACAGCCGCCCGGUGAGAACAGAUUCCUGCAGCGCCUACACCUGUAAGAAGCAUGAGAAUGUGCACUGGUUGGUGUAUAUCUGGAAUUAAACACGUGCGAUUGAUGAAGA